UCGUCAUCGUCUGUCGUCCUUCGUCCUUCGUCCUGUCAUCGUCCUGGUAAUCGCAAAUUCAGCGCUAAAUCACAAUCAAAAUGCGCGUAAAGUGGCAUUUCAAGUGAUUCGCCUCCUUUUUUUUAUGAAUUCCAAAUUGCAAAUCAUUUCGUUGAUUAAAUUGAAAAUUGUUGAGGAUGCGACACACUUCGCAGUUCCAUUUUGAAAACACGAAUGCAGUUCUAUGCAAACAACGAUUUUGAAUCGCCAAUGAGGAUAAUUUGGUCUGAUUAAUGGGUAUCAAAUGAAAUUGCUACCGCUUAGUACAUGACAGGCGGCUUAAUAAUUUAGGCUACACAAUUUCUCCAUUAGCCUAUUUUUAGGUUAAUUGCCGCCGUAUCGAUUGACAACUAAACGCGUUUCGGGUUUUCAGUUGCCGUAAGGACAUCGUGUGCAGCUCGCUAUUAAAUUUCGAAUGGCAGAGUGGGAAAAAAUGCAUGCAUGGGAUGAAUGCACAAGGACGAAGGACGAGGGAAGCGGGAGACAGCUGGCAGUUAAGUGAAUUAUGUCUGCAAAUGAUUUUUUCUUGUCACCCAGUAGUUUUCGCAGAAUCCCCUCGCACUUGCACCACAUUUGCACCUUGGCGCGCAUUUUCCUGCUUUCGAGUGCAGCCGUGAGUGUCGAGUGUGCGCCGCUUUGUUCCUCUGCCUUAAAUUUGCAAUUUAAAUGUAAUUUCUCAGGGCAAAUGGGUUACUUUUAUUUGGUUUAUGACAAAUGCACACCCACCACCCAUUCAAAACGCGCAGAUUUAAUGCUUUCAGACAGCUGGGUGGCUGGUUGCGGCAUGGGUUUGAACUCGUGUGAAUACACUCGUUAUUCACGAGUGUGUUGCCAAGCGAAAUGCAAGCUUGAUCACUUCUGCCGUUUCCUAGAAACCAUAUCUUCACAAAGUCACUCUCUUCAGAUGGAAUAACAAUUUCAUUCUUAUUUCGAAACCUGUGAUUAAAACUACGUUUGCAAUGAUGAAUGGCCCUGACUUUCCCCGCUAUUGAAUUUCUGAGUCUCCAGCGAAAUGGAUUUUCCAAAGUGUAGCAUUUGCAUUUUUCUCGGGUAAACAGCAAGCGAAAUGGAAUGGAAUGGCUGUCCCAAAGAAGCUUUAUGCCGAUUAGCACUUGCUGAAUUUUCAUUUGCCCAGAAGUUGCAAGUCGGUUGUGUAUGCUCCACGGCGAUGUCGCCAUCUGCGUGCAGCUGUUUUCCACGGUUUGUUUUUCCAUUUUCGAGUGCUUUAUUGUGCGCUGGGAAAUGCUGGUGGAAAGCAUUAACAAAAUGUCUUUGGCGCCGGCCACUCGAUGCACUUUUGUCAUCCUGGCACUGACCAUCCUGCCGAACCAAUUCCAUUGCCAGGUGGAUAGGAAUGGAAAUGGGAGUGGGCAUGGAAGUCGCGAUUCCCUGCUGGCCGAGUCCCAGAUGAGAAUCUUUACGCUGACCCUACUGGGACUCUUCGUCCUAAUCCUCCUGGGCUUCUUGGGUGAGUUCAUGUGCCUUCCAUCUCCUCGAUCAACUCGCCGAGCGGAGAUUUCCGAUUUCCUUUGGGCAGGAUGUAUCUGCUGCUUCUGCCGGAUCUCGCGGGCUGUGGAAUCGACUUCCGAUGGCCUCGAUGUCUACGCCCCGCGCACCCAGAGCAUCGUGUGGCCCACUCUGCCCCUGCCCCAAGAGGCGGGCCGCGUCCUGGAGAUGACCUUCCUGCACGCCCCCAGGGUGAACUGCCUGUGCCGCAACUGCUGCCUCGCCAGAAACUCGUUCUGCAUCGAAAACUGUGGGGUAAACAUGGCCAGGUGGAUCUUGCUGCUGGCCACCUCGGCUGCCUGCGCUCACCUGGCCAAAGCUGAUGACAACUAUACGGACUUUGACUUCGUAAAUGUAACGCAGCUGCUGCAAAUGUCUGAUUUCGAGAACGAAAACAACACUGACGCAAAUUCCGCGGAACACGACGUGGCCACGCCGACUGAAGGCCCCACUGUUGCUCCAACGGAUGCAAAUACCAGCACCAGUGGCCAACGUGAACCUCCAUUCGAGGACCUGCGGCAGCAUCGGCACUUUGGGCGCUUCAUCUUCAUGGUUCUGCUGCUGCACGUAUCCGUGGUGGGAGUUGGAAUCACCAUCUACAGCUGUGUGCACUGCAAGUUGAGGAGCUUGAGGAGGCGUUCCAGGAUGGAGGCACAGCGACGGCUGCAGCUGACCAACCUGCGCUCGGAGCACAUUCCCAAUUCGCGCGACUGCCCGUGCCACGGAUGCAUAUUGGCCAGGGAAAUGCUGCAGGGAUUGAUCAUGCACCAGUUCCACGAACUGGUCGAGUGCUGACGAGGAAUGCAAGUGCAACUGGCGGACAAGAAUUUGGCAGGUGCAUGUGAAUGAGAGCAUGGAGUAUGGACUACACUCGCCAACAAAGUUGUUACGAAUU